AUGGAGGUGGCGCAUGCAUACACAUCGAUAUUCGUGCAUAAGCUCCCAAAUGCGCCCACAAACAAGAUCACGUCGAUGCGUAGAUACAACAACCGCGACGGCUAUGUCUUUGCCACGACGGCGAGGUAUGAGCUCGAAUUGAGCAUCAAGAACGGUGUACGAUUCGCCACAGUUAAGACCAAGAAGCACUCCUACAACAAAAAGGCCAACCAUCGCUACAUCUACCCCGUACUAGUAAUCGUGAUGCACAAUAAUGGCACAUAA